AUGGCACUGACGACCGACGGUGUAAUCACCCUUGUAGGAGUGCUUCUUAGCGUGCCACCAGCAGCUGUCCUGUUGUGGAAGCUUCUGAGGGCCUGUCUCCGCAGGCCACGCCACGAGGAGAACGACUGCGACCCAGAUGCCGAAAGUCUGAUCCCCUUGGAGCAGGCGCCGAAUGAGGGUGCUCGUUCUGCACCCAGCCCAUUUACAGUGUCUAUUCAUCUGGGGCAAGUCUCCCGCGACCCGACACAAUAA